AUGGCCCAUCAAGACUUUCCCGUGACGGAAAUAGCCGCAAAGGCCAAUGCAUUCCAUAAUGAGGAAGUCAUUGAGGAGAUCGAUUAUGAAAUGUCACCAUGGCAAUGCUUGCGCCAAAAUCCAAAGAUCGUGCUGUGGUCGCUUUUUGUCAAUGUCGGACCAUGCCUCGUCGGAUAUGAGAAUCUUGUGCUGUCGGUGUGUUUGGCCUUGCCAGCUUUCCAGAUGACCUUCGCCGAAGAAGUCAAUGGAGCACUGACAAUUCCUGCCUACUGGCAGUCUGCCUGGAAUGCAACUUAUAACGUCGGCAUGCUGCUUGGAUCGCUCGUAGCGGGAUGGACACAAGAUUUGGUCGGACGUCGAAUGGUCUUGGCCUUCACUAUUAUACUUUCUGUCUCUGGAAUUGCCGUCGCUUUCGUUGCUGCAACGUCUCCGCAAUUCCUUGGAAGCAAGAUUUUGUCAGGGUUUGCGGUUGGCAUGAUGCAGACGAUCACGCAGACAUAUGUCUCCGAGAUCGCCCCGCUGCCAAUGCGCGGUAUUGCUUUGUCGAUAAACAUCGUCAUGAUGAAUAUUGGCAUGUUGAUUGCCAUCUCCUCGACCUUCUCUCGUGUGGCCAUCAUCGAUCCUAUGGCCUACAAGGUCCUUUUCGCUGCUGGCUGGGCAUUCCCGACGAUCCUUGCUCUUGGCCUUCCCUUCCUACCCGAGUCGCCUUACUGGCUCGUUAUGAAAAACAGAAAAGAAGAUGCCAUGAAAGCGCUACGCCGUCUUUCUGGUCCGCAUGAGGAUGUGGUCGCUCGAACGGCUCAGAUCGAGGCGACCAUCAUCCACGAGCGCCAGCAAGCAGCGGUGAAGGCAAAUUACAUCGAGUGCUUCCGUGGAUCCAAUUUGCGCCGAACGUGCGUUGUCCUUAUCUGCAUGUACAUGCCUCAGGUCGCUGGUGCUGUUCUAGCUUCCAACGCUUCUUAUUUCCUCAACCAGACUGGCCUGGAUAGCAAGACCGUCCUGAUGCUCACACAAAUCGGCGUCAGCAUGGGUGUUGUUUCUGCCAUCGUUAAUAUCUACUCGAUGAUGAAGUUUGGCCGUCGAAUUCUUAUGAUCUUCGGCGUCAUUCUAUGUUGUCUUAUGUACCUUGUUAUGGGUAUCGCAGCCGCUCUGCCACGCUCAAGUGGAUCGCUCUUAGCUAUUGGAAUUGCUUUGCAAUUCACCUCUAUCACUUAUGGGCCUGUUUGCGGAUCAUCAUUGGCUGUAGCUGGUGAAGUUUCCGCAACCAGGCUUAGAGCCAAGUCCGUUGGUCUGGGUUUCAGUUGGUCAUGCAUCGUUAGUAUAAUCUGGACUAUUGUUCUGCCUUACCUCUUCAACUCUGAUCAGGCAAACCUUGGAGGCCAUAUUGGAUGGAUCUUCUGUGGUAUGGGGCUGAUUAUGCUAGUGCUUCUCUACUUCUUCGUUCCCGAGACCAAGGGAAGGAGCUUCGACGAGUUGGAUAUACUAUUCGAGCGCAAGGUUCCUGCCCGCGCAUUCGCAAAGUAUGAUUUGAGCCAGGCCAGCUAG